CACAGAAGCACUACGGGUCAUUUUAAGUCAGGCACAAGUGGAAACUGUUUCCGGUUGUCACAUCCCGGCUGUUAAAGUUAGCUGAAGCAUUAUUGCCACUCCGCAAUCUACCUACAAGUGGAACAAAUUCCCUGCAUCAGCAUGGUUGUCAGAAACUUUGCCUGUUUUAAAGAUGGUGAAGAAAGGACCUAUGGCGGCUGUGAAGGACCAGAAGCCAUGUAUGUGAAAUUGAUAUCUUCAGAUGGCCAUGAGUUCAUUGUGAAAAGAGAACAUGCGUUGACGUCGGGGACGAUCAAGGCUAUGCUGAGUGGUCCAGGUCAAUUUGCCGAGAAUGAAACCAACGAAGUCAACUUCAGGGAGAUUCCCUCUCAUGUCCUCUCCAAGGUCUGCAUGUACUUCACUUACAAGGUCCGCUACACCAACAGCUCCACGGAAAUCCCUGAAUUCCCCAUCGCUCCCGAGAUUGCAUUGGAACUGCUCAUGGCAGCUAAUUUCCUGGAUUGCUAAAGUGUUGAUGCAGUAACCUGUAUCACUUGAUGCUUUUGACUAUUUAACUUGUUUUGCCAUAAAACCUUGUAAAACAUGAUUUUGCAUCAGAAUAUUAGUCGUUGUUUAAGUAUUAAAGAAUUUCAUUUUAAUGUAUGAA